AUGCCUACCCUGGACCCCAGUGAGCCGGAGGCGGAUCGCAGAGCGCCGCCCGUCGUCCGUCGCAGCGCCCUGGGCUGCACCAAAGUGCGAGACAGCUGCCACUCCUGUGCCACCUCCAAGAUCAAAUGCACGAGAGAAAAGCCCUCGUGCUCCAAGUGCGAAGCCCGAGGCAUCAAGUGCGAGUAUUUCUAUGCGAGGCGCCCGGGACGUCGACGCGACGACGGCUCGGGGCACCCGACCAGCUGUACCAGCAACUCCUCCUCCCCGUCCUCUUUAUCCUCUUCCUCGUCGUCGAAGCCAAAGUCCAUCCCAGACAAAGACACUCACAGCGCCCUCUCCCGAUCUGGUGACAAAAUCGAGGUUGUGGGACUUUCUCCCCAGCAGGGAUACGCGACAAACGGCACAGCUCCCCCCACCAGUUUACCUGCGAGCAACGGCUUUCUCAAUACACCUCAGAGCUUGCUGAUGACGGAAGCUGCGCUGACAACUGAUAAUGUUCUGGGCCAAUAUCCAUCAGACAUCUCUUCCGUGCUGGCGGACUCGAAUAUGUUUCUUUCGCUUUCGGAUUUCAACUCCGACCCCAAAGACACGGACUUUAGCAUGACGGAUUACUUUGGACAUCCCGCCAUCGAUGGCGACCGAGAUAUCGGAUCGCUUCUCACACCGGAGACCAUCAGUUUUGGCUGGGGUGCGUUGGACUCUAAUGAUCCUUUGAGUGCGCCAUUCGCGGAUUCGUCUUGGGUACCCUCGCUUGCUUCGAGCAUUCCAACAUCGUCUACUACAGACCCUAAUAUGAUGAUGAUGAUGAUGCGCGCGCCACCUACGCCCCCCACCACCGACAUAUCCUGUGGCUGUGUGGCCCAGGCUCUCGAUCUGUUAAAGACGCUGUCAUCGGCUCAGUCGUCCCCGACCUCCUCGAUCUCCGGCACGAGUCGUCCGGCGCUCUCGUCAAGCAUGACCGCUAUGAUCUCUGCGCAGGCGGUAUUGGCAGAGAACAAGCACCACAUCGAGACAGUAAGCAACCUGCUCUCAUGCUCCUCGUGCACUGAGGACGCCUUCCAGCUUGUAAUCGUCUCCAUGAUUGUGCUCAAGAUCCUGGAGCGCUACGCCUCUGCGGCACGGAUCCAGGGUUUCGGUUUCGGCUCAGAGGUAGGCAGUGUGGAGACUGACACGGGGCCGAGGUCAGCAAACAGCAUGAUCUCUAGCAGCGAGGACCAGGUGAGGGUGCUAAGCCGUACAUACACCAUGCCCUGGGACGAUAGCGCCAGAGGUUACGCCCCCGCUCGGCUUGUCCUCGGCGAACUGCACCGGGUGCAAAGAUUAGUGGAUCGGCUGUCACCAAAGCUAACAGCCAGUAAGGAAGGGGAUGCUCGAGGCAUGGAACACGCUAUUUGGGGCGGUCUCCAGGUAGCAAAUGGAAAUGACAAAACGCAAUCAACACCCUUUUGUUCGAAUACGUUGGCUCAGAUGGGGAGCGAUAUGCGGAACAGCCUCAGUUCCUUGUCUGCUGAUAUCAUCACCAGACUUGGACAGAAUUAG